UUUGGGGCCUGCCGCGGAAACAAGAUGACGAAGGGGACGUCAUCGUUUGGAAAGCGUCGCAAUAAGACGCACACGUUGUGCCGCCGCUGUGGCUCGAAGGCCUACCACCUUCAGAAGUCCACGUGUGGCAAGUGCGGCUACCCUGCCAAGCGCAAGAGAAAGUAUAACUGGAGUGCCAAGGCUAAAAGACGGAACACCACUGGGACCGGUCGCAUGAGGCACCUAAAAAUUGUAUACCGCAGAUUCAGGCAUGGAUUCCGUGAAGGAACAACACCUAAGCCCAAGAGGGCAGCUGUUGCGGCAUCCAGUUCAUCUUAAGGAUUUCAACAAUUAGUCAGAAUAAACAUCAUGGUUU